ACUCAUUUGAAGCUGUUUGAAGUGACGCCCAGACUGUGUGAAAGCGGGACACGUCAUGACGGCCGCUCCAGCUGCGUCAUGACAAGCCCCGCCCAUCAAGGGGGAAAGCGCACAUUCCUAUUGUCCAAGAUGGCGGCGUCGUUGCAGAUCCUCUGAUGCUGACAUGUUUUUAAAGGAGUUUAUCCUUUUAGUUCGGUAUACAUGCAAUUGUUCAGUGUCUCGAGCGUUAGCUUUCCUUUGCCGAAGCCCUCGUUCGCCAGGUUGUUCGUGCUAGCACCCCUGGAAUUCGCUCCCUGGGCCGGAUUCCCUUUGCAGGCACUGAAAAGUUUGGGGUCCAUCAUCAUUUGAAAAUGAAGAGGCAGGCCGGGCGAGAGACUAGUCCGUCCAGGGCUUUAGCCAAACGGAUACGGGAAAGGGAACGAGAGAGUGCACGGAGAGAGGAGCUGCCGCCGCCGCCGCUGGCUCUGCUGCUGGCGGAGAGUCGUGGAUACCACAAGAGGAGCCGGAGCAGAGAGCGAGAGAAGCCCCGGCUGAGGGAGGAGCGGGCGGCUGCCUUGGAGCUCCACCACCGACAUGAGCUCGGGCUUCUCGGUCGUCCGCCGCUACGGACCACGGCGGCGGAGCUGCCCGCCAGCAGGCCGGGCACUCUGGAAUACAAAACCCUGCUCAUCAGCAACCUCGGCUCCCAGGUGUCAGACGAGGAUGUGGAGGACGCGCUUUUUCAUGAGUUCAAAAAGUUCGGGGACGUUAGUGUAAAACUCUCGCACACGCCGGAGCUGGGGCGGAUCGCCUACGUUAAUUUCCGGCAUCCCGAGGACGCCAAGGAGGCCAGGCACGCCAAAUCCUCCAGGUUAGUUCUGGGCGACCGCCAACUUAAAAUUGAACCCAUGUAUGUCCGGAGGCGAAGCGUCACGCCACCGGAUGUCGGCUAUUUACCCCUGCACGCUCCCUACCCGUACCGACAGCGCUCCCUGUCCCCACCGGGACCGGGACUGAGCAACCUCAGAGACAUCAGAGCUAGGCAUUAUGCCCUGGAGAGCCUGGGUCUGAGCAGAGAGAGGGAGAGGAUCUUGGAUUAUUAUGGUAUGCUGGACGAGAGGGGCAGGCCCUAUGGCUUCCCACCUAUGCCAGUGGUGGAGGAUUUGAAACCCGAAGAUGAUCAGAGGGCUACUAGUAACCUUUUUAUAGGAAAUUUGGAUCACAAUGUCACAGAGGGGGAGCUACGGAGGGGUUUUGACAAGUAUGGGAUUAUAGAGGAUGUUGUGAUAAAGCGACCGGCACGUGGCCAAGGUGGAGCGUAUGCUUUUGUGAAGUUCCAGAACCUUGACAUGGCACACCGGGCCAAAGUGGCCAUGCAGGGCCGGGUGAUCGGCGGCAACCCGGUGAAGAUAGGCUAUGGCAAAGCAAACCCAACUACACGGCUCUGGGUGGGCGGUCUUGGGCCUGGGAACUCCCUUGCCGCCCUUGCUAGGGAGUUUGAUCGUUUUGGGAGCAUAAGGAACAUUGAUUAUGUUAAAGGGGAUAGUUUUGCUUACAUUCAGUACGAGAGUUUGGACGCUGCCCAAGCCGCUUGUACCCAAAUGAGGGGGUUCCCUUUAGGAGGCCCUGAGAGACGUCUCAGGGUGGACUUUGCAAAAGUUGAGGAAAGCCCAUCUCGUCCAUUCCCCCCAGGUUACCAGCCUCCUCUCCCUCUCGCCUCCCACUAUGACCUCCUUGGAGAUGCGUACAGCCGCCAUCGCAGCCUGGAGCGAGAGCUGAGUCGAACCAGGGACCGCUCCUCGCCUCCAACCCACAGCCUCCUCUCACAGAGGGAGCGAGAGAGGGCCCUGCUGGAGAGAGACUAUACAACCAGCCCCACGCGCAGCCUGGAGAGGAGGGUAGGGGGAGUGGAGGCAUUUGGGAGAGCUGGAAGAGGAGCGAGGAGCCGCAGCAGGAGUAGGGAGCGCUGGCUGAAGGAGAGGGAGGAGAGGAGGAACAGGAGGCGGAGCAGGAGUAGGAGUGUGUCCACUGACAGACACACAGAAGACCGGGAGAGAGAACGGGAAAAGGAGAGGGGGAGGUCUAAGAUCAGAGGCCAGCCAGGGGCCGUGUCUCCUGAGGCCAGCCCGGACCGAGCCCGAGUCCGUGCCCCCGACUCCACCACAGAGCCGAGAGACCACUCCCCUGACAGCGGAGGAGGAGGGCGCACCUCUGCCACCGGUGAAGAGGAUGCCGCACUGACCUCUGGCCGCCACCACAGCAAGAGGUCCUCCAGCGAACACCUGAACAACCAUCACCACCGCAACAGCGAGGUCAACACUGCCGGCUCUCCUGCCACACACACGGACACGCACAGCUCCUCCUCCCCGAGCACGCUGACAGAGUUCGCCCAGGCCAGCCUCUCCAAAUCAUGGCACGGCUUCUUUGCACUGAAGAACAGCAGCUUUCCCACGGACCUCUACAUGCUGGAGGGGGGCUCCUCCUUCUUCACCACUGUGAUGAAGGACAGCCUAAAGCUCCAGAGUCAAAACCAGCCCAGCCAGCUGAAGAUCGCACAGAGGCUCCGCAUGGACCAGACCAGACUCGACGAGGUGUCACGUCGCAUCAAACAGGGCAGGCCCGAUGGAUUUGCCAUCCUCUUGGCUCUCCAGGGCCCAAUCGACCGCCAGGCCCCUCCCCCCGAGCCAGGACUUCAGGUCCGCUUGCUUCGCCACCUGGUGACCUACUUGCGCAACAAGGAGGCAGCCGGGGUUAUAAGCCUCCCUGCAACUAAAGAAGGUGGGACGGGGGCGAUGCUGUACGCCUUCCCUCCUGGGGAGUUCUCUCAGCAGUACCUCCAGACAGCCAAAAGGACUGUGGGUAAUCUGGAUGAGGAGCACAUGGUUAUUGUGAUCGUCAGUGACACUAAUUGGUUAUUGAAGUGACAUACGCUAAUAUACAACAUGCGUGCAUACACCUACAGACACUCAAAUUCUCUCUCUCUCACACACACACACACACACAGAACUGAGAAGAGACUACUCUUGGUAAUUAGCUUACCAUACAAAUACUUCCAUGUUGUUUUUAUUGUGGAAAACACAGAUGCUUUUUAUUGUUUUAGUCCGUCAGCAUCUUAUAAAUGAAACACAACCAUUUACACUACGUCUCUCAACCUUUCUCUCUCUGUUUUUACUCUCCCUUACGCUCUGAUGUUGGCUGCUGGGUUGUCGUUUCCACCAUAGGUAGACAUAAGGAAUGAUGGUGGUUCCUUGGAAUCCUGGGAAAUGAAGUUUUUAAAGUGUUAAACAUUUACAGGUGAGAGGAUAUAAAUGUAUAGGCCUGCUGUACUUAAAGGCAAUACUAUUGUUUUUGUAUCCUAAGUUGUAACAUAAAACACUAAAUCUGAGGGUAUAUGCUGUUUGCUUUAUCUGUCUGUUUUGUAUGAACCUGACCAACUUGUUAGGAUAUAUCCAACAGUAGUGGGACUAGAAGGUUUUAUUCAAUAUGAUUGUACUGUAAACCAGGUGGGAAAGCGGUGCCAGCCACCAACCAACUACAGUUAAGUUUGGUUGUGUGGCUACUUAAGUUUAUUUCCUCCACUGGCCACUUUCGCAGGUUUGAACUGUUCUCCCAUAUUUUAAGACGCACCAGCUGCUGUGGCCAGCAGAGAGAAAAGUGAAUUUCCUCACCUCUCUAUGUGACUGUAUAUUUUACCUAGUUAGCGUUUUUACAAAUUCAACCAUUCCAGUUUUCUUUCAUUUUGAAAGGCCUGUGUGUGUGAUAUGUUGUUGCAUGCAGGAAAAAGCAAAAGUUAGUUAUAUUUUUCUGUCUUUUAAAAUAUGCUUCCCUCUCAGUGUCUCCACCGAUGCUCACUUGACUGUAAAUUGAAGUGACUUGUCACUUGAGAUGUCGGAAUCUGCUGAGGCUACAUGUUCAGCAGUGCUCUUGUCAUACUGGGGUCUGAUCGUGUUACUGGUUCAGAUGUAACUGCUUACAUUAUUGUGUACUGAUUUUUUUUUUUUUUAAUGUACUUUUUAAUACAUCCAUCCACCUUUUCAUCCAUCCAUACUUCUCUCUUCCAUCCGCCAGUGAUCGAGCCUCAAACGAUCUGAUUAUGUGCUUGUUUCCCUCGUGUUGUAGCACUAACAUCACUGAUAGGUCUGUCCAGCUGUAAGCGAAUGAAACAAUGCUUUUGUUGAAAUCCAGCUUUCAUGUGGGUUUCAAAUAACUGCAUCAACUUUGUCAGGCCCUUUAAUUGCCUCAAAAAUGACAAAAAAACAACACAUGCAUCAUUGUAUAAGUCAAAUCCACUCUGAGCAUUCCCAGAAUAGUUCAAACAGUUUUGAGGCUGAUGUUUGUUUGUUUUUUUAUCAGAUAUAUAACAAGAGUAGUGGUGGCCAGCUUCCAAACCAAUAUCAUUUCGGUAUGUGUGUAACUGAAUUGUCAGUCACUUUAUUGUCAAAUUUCAGGGUUAAGUCCAUUUUCUGUGUGUGCCAAGAGAUGCUUUUUUGGGAAACGGCGUCGAUUUAAAUCACUUUUACCCCUCUGAUUCUAGAGUGCGAGCGGCAGUGGAGGCGGGCGAGUCAGACUAAAAAAGGGAAAUCUGUGUGUACACCUAAGAUGGCUGCCGUAGAGUUUUGCUCUUGUUGUCAUGGAAAUGAGUGUUGCGUCGUGGGUGCUUUAAAAGUUAGAAGGUUCACGUCAGCCAAGGCUCAGUGAAAACCUUUGCCAUGGAAACGCAUCAGCAUUCUGCACCUUCUCACCUGCACUGUACUGAUGUUUAUAUCCAUGACAACAUCACCAAACUGUCAGACAACUUAGCUCUGCCGGUGAAGGGAACAGGAAUGCAGUUCAUCUGUUCUAGAGGGGCGGGGACAUGUAACAUCUCCAGUGUAGCUGAUGGGGGUGAUCGAAAUUGCUGUCGAACAACACUAUCAGCUGCUUGAAUGAUUUUUGUGACAAAGAAACUGUAAUUCCCAUAGACCUAAUGGAGAUCCAUUUUAGAUUGAAAAAAUUAUCUGGUUUGGUCAACAAAUUGUCAAAAGGCAGCUAAUAGUGUGCAGCUUUUAGCGAUUCACUUCAUUCAAAUUCUACAGUCAAGGAAAUCUGGCUGGUGAUGUGAACUGAGCUGAUCUGAGAUCAGUGGACAAAUAAGACUAGACAUAUGGCGUUGCUGCUCUCAGCAUUUUCCAGUUUGAUGACAGCAGAAACGGUUUAAUCUGUGAAGUCCUCCAUGAGAAACAACAUUACAGGCUAUUGAGGAUCUAAAAAUGCAUACUUUGGAUGGGAUUUGAUUUUUAUUGCCUGUACUGCCUUUUUUAAGAGUAGAUGUGAUGUUAGCUAAAAAAAAAAAAAAAAGGGGGGGGGCGGUAUUGCAAUUUGGAACAGAGCUCAUUUGUUUUUAUUCUGUUUGAAAUCAAAACAGGUAUCAUAUUAUUCAGUGGUUAUUUUGGAACAGAAAUGCUCGAGGCCGCUGGAGAGCAGCCUCAGUGUCUAAUUAGCCCACACACUGUGUGCAUCCUUUUGAAUCCAGGCCCAACACUUCCACACUCAAAAGGUUUGAUAAAUCCCCUCAGUUAGUGUCCGACUUGCAACAGGAUGCAUGGGCGGUAUUUGUCACUGUAAUUUAACAACAACAAUGCACUUGAACACCAUACCAUAGCCAUCUUUAUAACAUUUGCUCAGUUGGUAAAGUUCUAACACUGCUUGAUGAGGUAAUUUGUUCCAGUCCACAUGAAGUAUACUCCUGUUCAUGUUCAUUCAUGGUACUGCAAGGCUGUGUGGGGAACGCUGGACAGCAAAUUGCCUAAAUUAUACAUGAACGUUUGUUUUUAACCCAUGAAACCCUGUUGUCUUGAAGGUACCUGUCAUGGUUACAACACUAUAGUUUGCCUUUUCUUUUUGUUCCCACCACCACUGUACAUGUUUCCUAGUCAUUUUUUCUAUUUAUUGGUCUUUUUAAACAUGGUCAAUGCAAUACAUUUGGUUCUACAGCUUGAAUGUGUUUGAUGAAGAACACUCUAAAGCAACCCGACUUGAACAGACAGAAAGUAUGGAUAACCAGUGUUUCCUUCAGAAUUUGGAAUUUGAAUUGUAUUUUCCAGAGUGCUUUUUUUUUUUUUUUUUUUUUUUUUUUGAUGUUAUUUACUGUUUUACCAAAAGCUCUCAAAUCUGUAUGUCCUCAUCAAAAGUACCCAUAACGUGAUUUGUGUCGUCUAUUUCAAGUUUUUCAAAUAAUACCUGUUUCAUGGAAAAAAGCCAACAGAACCUGCACCGCUCAGUGGUGCGGUAGCUGUGGGAAACACUGGUUCACAUGUUGCUGAAUGUCCAUCAACAAACCAACUGUAAAAACAUGCCUGUUUGGUUAAAAAAAAAAAAGAAAGAAAAGAAAAGCUCUGUAAAAAAUCAACAACAAAUACACUACUUUUUAUAUCCAGACUCUGAAAAGUGACAAGUUGUGAAUGCAUACUACUUUUCCUGUCUCAGCUAAGCUUGUGCUCUGCUGUGUUCUGACCGAUGACGUUACACAGACCAGGAAACGCGCUACUCCAUGACGACAAUCGGUUUUGUACACAGGUUCGCUCGUUUUGGUUUUGAUUUCUGUCGACAUUAGAACAUGUAAUCUGGAAAAAUGUAAUAAAACAUUUUAUGCUCUUCUUUCUAA